AUGCUCGAGAUCGGGGGGAAUGGGAAGGGGAGAAAAAGGUCGGAAUACUCCGUCGGAAGUAUGGACGCACACCGUAAGUUCAUUCUGUUGGACCGCGGAGAAAGGCGUGGGCCAACACCAAAAACCUUCCAACAAGAACCGGGGGAUGGUACUAGACUUUGGUGGCGGGGUCAUCUCUCAGCCACCGGAAGCCAUGUCAUCGUUCUAGGAAAAAACCAUCCGGAGCUAUACAGCAGAGCUCGGCACCAUGACAUCGCACCCAAUCCCGACCUUCUCCGCUCGUCAACGGGCUGGUUCCGCGUUACGAAGCCGUCGAGAGCCGGAUACGAUGACAUAGCUAAUUGCACUGGCCCUGCCGAAAGGAGUAUGGGUCUCUUGGAUGUGUCGGUGGUUUCUCAGGUGAGCCCAGUCAAGUCAGGUCAACUAGUCCAUAGGGUGAAGGAAACCCCACCCGCCGAAGUGAGGACGAGCGAUGCAAAAGAGUGGGCUGGAAGGGACAAAUGCACCGCCGGGCAAGGCCAUUUCGAUCUCGAACGGUUGGGGGGGGGCGAGGGAAAACAAAAGCGUCCUUUUACCCAGGACGCGACAGGCCAGCCCACGGCGCAGGAAAAUGGGCUGGCGGCCCCAGUUCUUCGUCGGGGGGGGGGAGGAAAUCAGACCGGACCCGAUCCACCCUUCAAGAUGCGCCGGACGUUUCAGCUUGGCCUUUAG